AUGGCUAUUGCCACCAGGAGCGGUAAGAUUGUUAAUGAACAAAUUUCUGGAAGUACUGAGCAUGAACAGGUGUUGGAGCAAACUGGAAGAGAGGAGGCUAAAGCUGAACAUAUACCAAGACCACCUCCUCCGUUCUGUCAAAGUCAUAAAAAGAAAGAUGAAGAUGGGAAAUUUGUUAAGCUCAUCACCAUAUUGAGGCAACUCUUAGUGAACAUCCCAUUGGUAGAAGCUCUGGAGCAGAUGACAGGACAUACUAAGUUCAUGAAGGACUUGGUCACGAAGAAAAGUGCUGUAAGUUUUGAUUUAUCUGACAAUGUUCAUCACUGCAGUGCUAUUGUCACCAGAUCUCUGGGAAGACCAUUUCUGGCCACAGGACGAGCAUUGGUUGAUGUUGAGUGUGUAGAACUGAAAUUUAGACACAACAAGGAAGAGGUAAUGUUUAAAAUUUGCAGGUCCACGAAGCAGCCACAAAACAUGAAUGUGGUGUCUACAAUAGAGGCGUUUGAUGAAGGAGAGAUGGGAGUGACUAUUAAGGAAAGGCUAGCUGUCGAAAUAUUAGAAGCCAUGUUGAUGAACUUUGAAGCAGUUUUUCGGACUAACUAUGUAGAGACCGUGAAUGCUUUCCAGGAUUUGAAUGAUGAACAUGUACAAGCUGUGAUGAAAGUACUAAUAAGGUAUAAAAGGGCAAUUGGGUGGACCAUUGCUGACAGCAUUAGGAUACCUCCAGGUAUAUGCACUUAUAAGAUCCAACUUGAGGAAGACAUUGGGCACCUGAGUAGGUUAAAUCCACCAAUGCAAGAGGUGGUGAAAAAAGAGAUCAUCAAGUGGUUUCGUGCUCGGGUUAUGUACCCCAUUUCUAAUAGUCAUUGGGUCAUCCCAGUGCAGUGUGUACCCAAAAAGGGUGGUAUGACAGUGGUCUCCAAUGCGAAGAAUGAGUUAAUUGCACAGAGACCAGUCACUAGAUUGCGAGUGUGCAUGGACUACAGAAAGCUAAACAAGUGGACCUUGAAGGAUCACUUCCCAAUGCCAUUAAUGGACCAGAUACUUGAUAGGUUGGCUGGAAAAGGGCGGUAUUGUUUCUUAGAUGGAUAUUGUGGGUACAACCAGAUAUCAAUUCCUCUUGAAGAUCAGGAAAUGACCACUUUACAUGUCCUUAUGGCACCUUUGCAUUUAAAUGCAUGGCAUUCAUACUAUGUAUUGCACGAGCACCUUUCCAAAGGUGUAUGA